CUGUGGCCAUCAAAAGCGAUCAAGUUCAAUCCUCACGGUGCAAUCUUGCUUUGACACUAUGGAAAUUGCUUCACAAGACCGCGUAUAUGAACUUGUACUGUUCGGUGCGACAGGAUACACUGGCCAAAAAUGUGCUGAACAUAUCACGACUCACCUCCCAUCCAAUCUCAAAUGGGCCAUAGCCGGGCGCUCAGCGAGCAAACUCGAGGCGUUGGCAUCAAGGCUUUCGACGUUGAACCCUGACCGGGUCCAGCCAGACAUCCAAGUUACUGAAUUGAAACGCGAAGACUUAGAUUCUCUGGCGCGAAAAACGAAGCUAGUCAUAAAUACCGUAGGUCCAUAUCACAUCUAUGGCACGCCAGUUGUAGAGGCUUGUGCAAUUAAUGGCACUCAUUAUUUGGACGUUACUGGUGAAAGCGUUUGGGUCCUGGAGAUAGUUCAAAAAUACCAUGAAAAAGCUAAAGCCAGUGGAGCAAUAAUAAUACCUGAAAUUGGAAUUGAGAGCGCUCCGGCGGACUUAUUGACCUGGUCCCUUGCAACGGUUAUCAGGGAACAUGCGUCAGCAAGCUUGAAAGAACUGAUAUACUCACUCCAUAGCAUAUCAGGUUCUCUCAGCGGUGGGACUCUUUCAACCAUAUUGAACCUGGCCGAUCGAUACAGCGUGACGGAGUUACACGAGGCAACAAAGCCUUGGGCAUUGUCUCCAGUACCUGGCCAUCCUUCCAGUCAUGCGCCAUCUCUAACAGAGAGAAUCCUCGGUGUACGAUAUGUUCCCGACUUAGGAGUACUGACGACAUCACCUCAAGGUACAGCUGAUCGGGUCAUUGUUCACCGCAGCUGGGGCUUGAUGGGCGGCGGUAGCUUUUAUGGGCCAAAAUUUUAUUUCAGCGGAUAUAUGCGAACCAGGAAUACCAUUACUGGCGCAAUAAUUAGAAUUGCGUUCGCUCUAGGCUUCUUCUGCCUGUUGUUCCCUCCUAUCCGUUGGCUUCUUAAAAGGCUAGUAUAUGAGCCUGGACAAGGCGAUUCGAGAGACGUUUCUGCAAGAGACCAUAUCGAAUAUAGAGCAAUGGGUAUUGCGGAUCAGGCUGAUCCCAACCCUCAACGCGCAAUUGCUCGAAUGCGAUAUGACGGUGGGAAUUAUCAUGUUAGCGGAAUAUUCCUCGCACAGGCUGCAAUCACAAUCCUUCGAGAAGACACACUUGCAAAAAAGUUGGGAGGAGGGAUUUUAACCCCGGCUACGCUCGGUCAAGCGUUUAUCGACAAUUUGAAAAAGGCUGGCGUUACUUUUGAAACGAGAGUUCUCCCUCACUGAACCCCGCUGGAUUUUUAGGAGGCUCGGCUGGAUCCCUGUACUGAUAUUCUCUGAUCGUCUUUGUACUCUAGCUCUUUUUGCGGCGCUCACAACAGAGCGCCAUUACCAAAUUGAAGGUGUAAAUUAGCAAACUCACAUGAUGACUUUUGAAGUAGUUCGGUAUGAUCGUACUGAAAUACAAAUUUCGGCUUCGUAUGUGGGGUGCCCCAAGCGCUCUCUACAGCACAUGAGGGGCUAUUUCUAAUGAGCAGACAGGAAGAGAUUAAUCCAUUCAGAG